UGUUGAAGUGCGACCUGAAGAAAAACCGCUCACCACCAGCUGCAGAGGCGCUGCAACGUGUUUCGACGAUCCCAAGCCUCCACAUCCUUUAUUUGUAGAAAAAAUCCCAAUGAAGAAAUUUUAGCUCCUUCUGUGUUUUAAUCGGAAACGUUACGUGGUAAUCUGAGCGGUGUUCAUUAGCUCAAACAAAGCGGAUCCUCAUAACAGUUUUAGCUAGUUCUCUUUAUAAAUCGUUAUUAUUUCAUUUAAAAGGGGACACUUUUUUGGACUUAAUGUUACUCUAAAUCCACAGAAACGGCUGUAAAGUAUCAACUUAAGAUGGAUGUGCAUCUUCUUUUACUAGCUAUAUUAUCAACAGUCCUCUGUGGCAGCUGGGCACAGCAAGAUGGAAGCAUAUGCAUCAAGGCAAACGCACAGUCAUGUGGGGAAUGCAUCCAGGUCUCAGAGACAUGCGGAUGGUGCACAGAUGAAAAUUUCCUUACUCAGGGUGAGGCGAAGUCAGCCCGCUGUGAUGACCUGGAGUCCCUGAAGAAGAGGAAAUGUGAUGCAACCAAAAUCGAGAACCCACGUGGAAAAAUUCAAGUUGACAAGAACAAACCAGUUACUACUCGCAAGAAGGCAACUGAGACGAGCGAGAAACGCGAGAAGCUGAGUCCUGAUCAGAUCACCCAGAUACAGCCACAGAAGCUCACCCUGACACUCAGAUCCGGUGAGCCGCAGACAUUUAAUCUGACAUUUAAGCGCGCUGAGGACUACCCCAUUGAUCUGUACUACCUUAUGGACCUGUCCUUCUCCAUGAAAGAUGAUUUGGAAAAUGUUAAGAACCUUGGUACUGACCUCAUGAAGGAGAUGCAGGGAAUCACCUCAGACUUCAGGAUUGGUUUUGGCUCCUUUGUUGAGAAAACUGUCAUGCCUUACAUCAGCACCACGCCUGCCAGGCUCCUCAACCCCUGCACGGGGAACCAGAACUGCACCAGCCCCUUCAGCUAUAAGAACGUCCUAAGUCUGACUAAUCAGGGAGACCAGUUCAACCAACUGGUCAGUCAGCAGCAGAUCUCGGGCAACUUGGACUCUCCAGAGGGGGGUUUCGAUGCCAUUAUGCAGGUGGCGGUGUGCGAGAAACAAAUCGGCUGGAGGAACGUGACUCGUCUGCUUGUGUUCUCCACCGAUGCCGGUUUCCACUUCGCGGGAGACGGCAAACUGGGAGGCAUCGUCCUGCCCAACGAUGGGAAGUGCCACCUGGAGAACAACAUGUACACCAUGAGCCACUACUAUGACUAUCCCUCCAUUGCUCAUCUGGUUCAGAAACUCAGUGACCACAAUAUCCAGACAAUCUUUGCUGUAACUGAGGAGUUCCAGCCUGUUUACAAGGAGCUGAAAAAUCUUAUUCCCAAAUCAGCUGUUGGCACUCUGUCCUCCAACUCCAGCAAUGUGAUCAAACUCAUUAUUGAUGCCUACAAUUCUCUGUCAUCUGAAACCAUUCUGGAAAAUGGUAAGCUGCCAGAGGGAGUUUCUAUCACCUACAAGUCCUUCUGUAAGAACAAAGUGGUGGGAACAGGCGAGAAUGGCAAGAAGUGCUCCAACGUCUCCAUUGGAGACGAGGUGCAUUUCCAGAUUUCCAUAGAAUCCCAGAAGUGUCCUUUGAAUGGGAAACCAGAAACCAUUACAAUUAAACCCCUGGGAUUUAAUGAGGAGGUGGAGGUGGUUCUGAAUUUCAUCUGUGACUGUCAGUGUUCUACAAACGGAGAGCCCCUCAGCAAGAAGUGCCACCAAGGCAACGGGACCUUUGAGUGUGGAGCCUGCAAGUGUAACGAGGGACGCAUCGGACAGCUUUGCGAGUGCAGCAAAGAUGAAGUCCGGACGGAAGACCUGGACGCCAACUGCCGAAAAGACAACGGCACAGAUAUCUGCAGCAACAACGGUGACUGCGUCUGUGGUACCUGCGAGUGCAAGAAGCGGGAUAAUCCUGCAGAGGUUUACAGUGGCAAAUACUGCGAGUGUGACAACUUCAACUGUGAUCGCUCUAAUAACAAGCUCUGUGGAGGACAUGGCCGUUGUGAGUGCAGAAAAUGCAUCUGUGAUGAGAACUACACAGGCAGUGCCUGCGACUGCCCCCUGGAUAACUCCAUGUGCCUCGCAAAGAAUGGACAGAUAUGCAACGGCCGUGGUACCUGCGAGUGUGGAACCUGCAAAUGCACAGACUCCAAAUUCCAAGGGCCGACCUGCGAGCUCUGUCCAACCUGCCCUGGCGUCUGCACAGAGCACAAGGAUUGUGUGCAAUGCAGAGCAUUCAAGACUGGAGAGAAGAAGGACACAUGCGAGAGGGACUGCAAAUACUUCAAGAUGCUCGAGGUGGAUGAUCGCAAAAAUCUACCGCAACCCACCGACCAGAGCUACCCACUGACAAUCUGCAAAGAGAGAGAUGCCAACGAUUGCUGGUUCUACUUCACCUACGCUGUCACGAAUGACACAAAGGAGGUCUACGUGUUUAAUAAACCAGAGUGCCCGGCAGGACCUGACAUCAUCCCCAUCGUGGCAGGUGUGGUAGCUGGCAUCGUGAUGAUCGGCCUCGCCCUGCUGCUCAUCUGGAAGCUGCUCAUGAUCAUCCAUGACCGCCGAGAGUUUGCCAAGUUUGAAAAGGAGAAGAUGAAUGCCAAAUGGGACACCGGCGAGAAUCCGAUCUACAAAAGUGCCGUAACGACCGUCGUCAAUCCAAAGUAUGAGGGCAAAUGAUGGAGCUGUGCCUUUCCUGUGACAACACUGUAUGGAGGAGGAAGUGGGCCGGGUUGAACAGAGGGGCGGUUUUUUAUACAGUAAUGCUCACUGUUUGCUGUUAUUUUUGUAGUCACCAAAUGAAAGCAACGCAUUUUGCCACUGUUUUACUAACUUGUUUUGAUUUCCUAUGCAUCGAUGCCUGUGUACAGCUUGGACAUUGUUGUUUUUCUGUGUUGGACUCGAGAGAAUGUGUUUUGUAGCUGUUUCUUUUCUUGGCCGGGUAAUGAAAAACCUAGCUGUGCCUUUUCUUUAUUUUAAACAGAAGCCAUCAGUGUUGUGUGCAGGGUUGAAAUGGAUGUUAAUACUGAGGAGUUCCUUUACUAAAGACAGUGUGCUAUCUUCAGUAGGAUGCAAUCAAUCAUUCAGUGUUUGACAAAAACAGUCGAUCAAAGGUCUUAAGAUUGAUUUUGCCACCUGAGUAAAGGUCUCUCUGCAUCGGGUUGACUGAGUUGUUAUCACUCUUUUAAAUGUCUUUUUGGAUUGCCAAGUGUAGCAGCAAUGAAAUGUUCUUGGUAUGUUUUGGGUUCUGUGUAAAGCCAUGCUCACAAUUACAGAACAUGGAAGAAAGGCAGUGGGUUGUUUUAUUUGCAACUUAAUUUGAACAAUCAUUUUUUUUUAUAUAUAUAUAUAUUUUCUUGGUCUGCCUUUCUAAAAGAAAGGACUUCAGUUUACAGUAGAUUUACUGUGCAGCUCUGGGUUUUAUUAGCUUAAUUUAAAGCCAACUCAGGUCCUUAAAUGUUUUCAGCAAUGCCAAAUACAUGCAAAUCUGCUUUCUUUUUUGCCAACAAAACUUUCUUACGUUAAAUGUUUUCACGUCUUUCAUAUCAGCUGGAGAGAAACUCCCUCAUUCAUUUCUUUUCCCUCUUUAAAUCCUAUAAAAUAAAUCAUGUCUACAUUUCAUGAAUUCUUGACUGAUGUAAAAGAAAAAAAAUUCUAACGUGCCUUGUGUUAAUUUCUACAACCUAUCCACGCAUUUCUGUUGUCUAAAAUUAUUUAUUGAAUAAACCCUUAAAACAUUUUA